AUGUCGUACGCCGUCGAGUCAAAGAAACGAAAGUUCCACCGUGUUUUGGAAUCCAUCUCCAAGCCCGCGACUCCAGAAAAUGCCCCGAAACCAUCAACCACGACAACAACCACACCCGCGACGGCAAAAGACCGUCUACCCACCAAUCUCUCCUCCAUCAAGAAGGUCCGACUGAACAACAGCGAAGAAACAGACCUGGCCUCAGUGCGCAAUUCCCUGUCCAAUAUAUCCCGCUCGACAAAUCAUACAUCGUCUAUAUCCUCAAGCAAACGCCCGACCUUCGCCCCUUGGGAUCGUGACAUCUUCCUCGAGCGGCUCGAGACCUUUCGUCGCGUGGACAGAUGGACCAGCAAACCUACCCCGAUCAAUGAAGUACAAUGGGCAAAGCACGGCUGGGUAUGCAAGGAUACAUCACGAGUGGGCUGUGUCAGCGGCUGUGGUGGCUCGGUGGUAGUGAAAUUGCCGGACGAAAUCGACGAGCUUGAUGGAUACGAUGCGGACAAGGUUCAGGAACGCAAGGAAGUUCGCGAGAGACUUGUUGAGGAAUACGUAAAAUUAUUGAAGGACGGCCAUAAGGAAAACUGCCUUUGGCGGAAUAGGUCCUGCGACGACACCAUUCAACACUUGCCGUUAAAUAAUACCGAUACGGCUAUAUCUGGUCUCCAUGCUCGAUAUUUGAACCUGGUGAAUAUGAAAGAUAAAUUACCGGCCGAUGACAAUAUCCAAACGCCGGAUGGCUGUGAUCUCGAUGUAAUAAUCAAACUACUCCCAGAAGACUGGUUCAAUAGCCCAGCCUCUUUGCAGGGGACCUUGAACGGACAAAACAGUGCAGACGGUGACGCUCAAGUCAACAACAAUGAUAAUCAGGGAUCAGUUCCAGCCCCAUCAAUCGACAGACUACAAUUGAUCAACAAAGGAGCCCUAGCGCUGUCCUUAUUUGGCUGGGACUCUGUGGGUGACGGGGCUGCUGGUUUAGUCUCAUGCAAGGCUUGCUUCCGCCGUCUGGGCCUCUGGAUGUACAAACCCAAGGACAACGGAGAUAUCACUGUCUAUAGCGCUUUGGACGUGUCACAAGAACAUAUGGAAUACUGCCCAUGGGUUGAUCGGAUUGCCCAGAGCGGCACUGGCAAGACAAAUUUGCGAACGGACAACCUGCGCAGUGGCUGGGAAGUGGUCGCUGAAGCUGUCAAGGUCAAGAAUCGCCGGCACCUCCGCUCUGCACCAUCCAUGGAUACACUUCGCAGCGAGACUAACACGCUGGCGCAAGAUGAUCUUCACGAUGGCGGUAAUGAAGAAACCAAGAAGAAGGCAGAUCGUGAAUGGUGGGCCAGGCUCCGACGGAUCCGACAAUCAUUGACGACCAAGUCACCGCGCAAGACAGCCCCUAAGUAA